UAUAGCACGUGAACACUACAUAGCCCCUGACUUAGUACAGCUUGCUUGUUCUUUCCCAUGGAAUUACAGUCGCCGCACAAUGCAUUCGAAGUCGUUAUGGAGUGUUCCAGUUCUUCCAUUGACCCUGAGCAUUUCCUCUCUCCUACAAGCCCAACGCCCUCUCGGGAAACUGUGGGCACCACGAAUGACAACUACCGCACUGGGGAAUGCGAAGACAUCUGUUCUUGCGAGCACUGCAAACCUGAUCCCUUGAACCACAUAAGGGCCAAUCGAAACACGUCGUACUUGGUCUGCGUCAUUGCAGUAAGCCUCGCAAUGUCUAUCGCUAUUGCUGUUUUGAUGAGGCUCUGGCCACCGGCACCAAAAAUCAUCACAUUGCGUUCCUCUUUCGGCCGCAUUCAGACUGUCCAAGCGGAAGUGACACCGGGUGUUCUAGUUUACAAGUUCAUGGGUAUACCUUUUGCUGAACCACCUGUUCGAGAACUACGCUUUGCACUGCCUCGCCCUUGCCUUUUACUCAAAGGAACAAUUCACUGGCCUCGUCAUGCCAGAGUCUGCCCACAAACGACGACGAUACCGCUUCCCACAUGGUUGCACAUCCACGCGGAAGAACUGGACGAAGAUUGUCUCCAGCUGAACAUCUGGUCACCAGAUAUAAACUGUAUGGAUAUCGGACAGCAGUGUGGAAAUCGCACCGUAGUUGUUUUCUUCCACGGUGGCGAGUUCCAGUUCGGGGCGAACAAGCUUUACGACGGUUCAUACUUGGCUGCUAUAGGAGACAUCGUGGUAGUGAUUCCUAACUAUCGCCUUGGAGCACUAGGGUUCGCAAAGGGAGCUCGGCCUCGGGGAAAAGGAAACCUAGGCAUCUACGACCAACUGACGGCAUUGAAGUGGGUCAGGGAGAACAUCGGCUACUUCGGCGGAAACGCUUCCAAAAUCGUGCUGAUGGGUCACGGAAGCGGAGCCACAUCGGUUGGAUACCUUAUGCUGUUUUCCCAGUUAACGAGAUCCGUAGAACGGUUUAUCCUGUUGAGUGGGAGUCCUUUUCGACGUUACAGGGACAACACCAACUUGUCAACAGAAAAUGUGAGGAACUUGGCCGUCGCCACCCGCUGUUCGGAGCGCCAAGUCGUUCUGAAAAUGAACAUAGAAAACCUUCUCGACUGCCUGAAGCGAGUCAAUGCAUCUACCAUAGUAGAACGUUCCGGCAUGCUUGGAAAGCCCACCUUCGUCCCGCAUUUUGCCAGCGAACUCUUGCCAAAACCUCCAGUUCAGCUCGCGCAGAAGCUCACAGUCACACAUAAGCAAAUACUACUUGGGAACGUUGCGGAUGAAGGCAGCUUGGCUAUGCGCAUCCUCACAGCGCUAUACGGAGACAGCGAUAGUCGCACCUUGCAUCCAGUUUUGCAAUCCUUGUUUCGAAUUAUGGGAAUCAUCAAUCCAAAUGCAAUAAUUGAGGAAUAUCAACGCCGAUACCCGUCACAAGUGGAUUAUCUGAGCGCUGCGUACGGUGACGUUGUCUACUACUGCCCGGUGUAUCACUUCGCGCACUCUUUAGCCGUUGAAGGAAACGACGUCUUCGCUUACAUCUUCGAUCACGCUCCGUCCACUCGACGCCGCGGAACGGAUAGAGCAGCUCACUAUGAUGAUGUGGAGUGCAUUUUCGGCAGCAUAUUGGAGAGAGGGAAUUCAUCGCCAACGGGAGCGGAGAAGGAGCUAGCGAAGAGGCUCGUGCUCAUUGUAGCUACAUUCGCAAAAACGGGGCGCCCUCCUACCUCUCCGGGCAGCAUAGAUUGGCCGAAGUUCGUCGCCGGUUUUCCUGUCGUGGCACGAAUUUUUACCGGCAGUUUGCAGUAUAUCAACUUUCCGAGUGCACAUCGUUGCAACAGACUGCGCAAAGCUAUUCUUUAGUGGAACAUCGAGCGUUCAUCGGUUGCACAUCAAUCAUUGCCCAACUUUAUACUUUGAGCACAAGCAAAUCAUAUGAAUAUAUUUGAAAUUUUGUGAUUGUAUUUAUCGAAAAAUCAAUUAAAAGCACUAUCGAAUGUACUAGGACAGGCCCGUAACGCAGUUCCGAAAAUAGGCACGCAUACUGAAUAGCGUCUUGUGUGACAAAAACAAACGGGUGAUGAGUAUCAAAUUAAUUUUAUGGACAACCGAGAAACCGUGCUAAUAUGCAAUCAAAUAACUAGAACCACGUGCAACACAUUGAAAUUGAAAAGCGUUGGACAAAUAAAGCAUUUUUAGCUCU